UUCAAAUUGAAAGCCAAGAGUACAUAGAUAUAUUUUAAGGAAAUCCAAAAUUUUAAAGUUUAUUAAAAUUAAAAUUAUGAUUUUGGCGCACGUUGUAUACCUGCUUUCCCUGCUAGUGGGCUGUUUGUAUCCGGCAUUCGCUUCCUACAAGAUCCUUAACAGCCAGACGUCCUGCGAUGUGGAGGUACUCCGCAUGUGGCUGUCGUACUGGAUCGUCUAUGGAGUCUAUGUGGGCGUCGAUUAUCUGACAGGAAGUCUGGGGACUCUCAUUCCAUUUCUAAACGAGAUCAAGCUACUCUUCCUGUUCUGGCUGCUGCCCACAGUGGGUGGCGGCAGUCUGGUGAUUUAUGGGGAGAUCCUGCGGCCCUUCUUCAGCAACAACGAGCUCUCCAUCGACCAAGUGAUAACCUGGUUGGUAACUCAUGCCACUUUGACAGGAGGUCAAUUAGUGGGUCAACUUUUCGCAUUCCGCGGACAACGUCCAGCCCUCCAAAUCACGCCCAGUAUCGAGGAUCUUGUGAACGACGUUAUAGCCAAAAGACAGUUAAAGAAAAAAGGAAAACAGGGUGCAAACCUGUACGACACCAUUAAUGAAGUCCUGGGAGACAAGACUGAUAGGGAUAGGGAUAGCACUUUGUCUGGUUUGGAUUUACUAGGCGAAUCGGAAUCGGAUCUGCUGGUCAUAAAAAAGCACAUUGCCAUCCCCAAAGAUAAGCCCCAAACUCCACCGAAGCCAAAGCGUCAGUCAUCACUUUGCAACCAGGAAAUGGAUAUCCUAGAAACACGUUUUAAUUAGUAUACAGUUUUAUUAUUUCGUUGAACAUACAAAAUAAUUCAUUUAGGUUUAACCCUGUUCGCAAAUCAUUAAUAUAUUCCAACAAUAAAUUUAAAAGCACAUAAAA